GCGGACGGACAGGAAGUUGCCCGGGAUCACUUCCGGAUCUCACCACGUCAUGCUUUUGUCUAGCGGUAGUCAUUGUAACGUAAAAUGACGGAUCUGUGAUGGAGACUUCAGCUUUGCCACAUGAGGUCAUUUCUUACCUUCUGAGCUUUCUUCAUCCAUCAGACCGAAAAGAAGCCUCGCUGGUCUGCAGGAGUUGGUACGAAGCAAGCCAAGAUCAUCGCUUUCAGAAGGACGUCACGUUCAGGUUCCCGGUUUGCGCGUCUUCCUUAGGGUUUAUCCGUGGACUCGCACACCGCCAUCGGUGCAGUCUGAUCAUCAGCCAUGUGGACGACUCCAGCUUGUCGCAUAAAGUGCUGGAGGAGGUCCGAGUCCACCUCGGGGCUCGGCUCGAGGGUCUGUCGCUGCCCAGGAGCAGUAUGAUGGAGUCGACCCUCCUGAAGCUGCUGCCGUAUCUGACCGGCCUGCGGAGGCUCCACCUCAACGGCCUCAACAGCCUCUUCAUGUCGGGAAAUUUCCUGAGCCGUGAGGAGCAUCGAGAGCAGGUCUGUGCGGCGCUGAAAAACCUGGAAGAUCUGGACCUGUCUGACCUGCGCUACCUCUCUGACAUCACCUUUAACCGUCUAACAGGCUGCACUGUGAGACUCCGCCGUCUAGCGCUGGCUGGCUGUCACAUUGCUUUCGAGUUCGACCCUUACCUUGGCAGUGCGGUGGGGCCGGGCUCGUCAGCCAUGUUGUCGCUGAGGAACCUGAUCCGUCUCGUCCAGGAUCAGAGCUCUACGAUGCGCAGCCUGGACCUCAGCCGCACCUCCAUUACCCCUGAGUCUCUGCGGAUGUUGGUCCAGGUCCCCGGCCUCCACCUGGAAGAGCUGAGCCUGUCCGGUUGUAAGAAUCUCACAGAUUACUCCAUCGAGCAUCUCUGCAGGUACCAGCAAGGCCUCCACACGCUGGACCUGAGCGGCUGCUCGGAGCUGACGAGCCGCAGCAUGAUGGCAGUAGCUACCGAGCUCAAACAGCUCCAGAGUCUCUCGCUGUCCUGUGUCUGGUGGAUUACAGGAAAAGGUCUGGCGGAUUUAACGGCGCUUCCUGCUCUGAGCUCGUUAGACCUGGCCGAAUGCGUCAACGUGAGCGGAGCCGAGCUGGAGAAAUGUCUGUCUUCACCACAACGCAGAGUUCAGCUUGAGAAACUCAGCCUCAGGCGCUGCACCUACGUCAAGGACAUUUGCUCUCUAUCUCAGUUGAUGUCGUCCAGACUGAAGAAGCUGGAUCUGUCUUAUUGCAUCCACCUGACGGACUCGAGUGUCCGUGCCGUGUCCUCCAACCUGCCCGGGCUGCAGGUGCUGCUUCUCGGCUCGUGUAAGCUGAUCACGGACUGCGGGCUGCUCGGGAUAGAGGAGCCCAGCCAUUACAAACCGCCCGUCAAGUGGACGCCAUUCAACCUUCACCUUGUGACGCAUCAGGAGUAUAAAGGGCCGAGCUUCACCCAUACUUUUGGGAACAUGGACCUCUUUCAGCCUCCUCAAAUGCCGUUCAAGAAGAAGCCACGUCUGGUGACCGAUGAGGAACUAACAGCCUUCAGAGAGAAGGAAGGAGCCUCGUUGCGGGCAAUCGGAGGCCUUCAGGAGCUCGACCUGUCUGGCUGCUCCAACCUGACAGACGUCAGCAUUACACAGGUGCUGCGGUUCCCGAUGCUCCAGCGCCUCUCCCUCAUCAUGCUGACGGAGAUCAGCGACGAGGGCGUAGCGUCUGUCACUCUGCACUGCCGCUGUCUGACCAGCCUGUCGCUGAGCGGCUGUUCCCAGCUCACAGACGCCGGUCUGGCUCGGGCUCUGCCCUGUCUUCACAGACUGCAGCAUCUGCAGCUCGCCUACUGCAACGGCAUCACAGACAGAUCCCUGAGCCUCAUAGUGCAGCACUGCCAGAGACUGAGGACGCUGGACAUCUGCAUGUGCAGAGACAUCACUGUAUCUAAGGUGGACUUCCUCCAAUCACAACUGCCCUUUCUGGAAAGUGUCCAGUACCGGUUUGUGGGCGAAACCGGAUUAAACCUCGCGCUCCGAUCAGGCACAGCUUUAACAUUCGGAUAGUACGUGGCUGAGACCACGUGUUGAAUUACGCGGGUACAUGUAGAGGAGUCAGGACAAACAGACCAACUCUUCAUCACCGUGUAAUUUCACUGAUACUCGCUUGUAUUGUACCGUUACAAAUCUGUUUCCGUGCUUCCGUUAUUCCCGUUUUCCUGUGCACGAUCCGGCGGUCGGAAAACAAUCUGUAACGCUUUGUAGAAAAGUCACAGUGCAGCGAACUACGAGCGUGUUCGUAACCUGCCGUAAGAAUCAGGACUUUACCGUAUUAUGCACUACAAUGUUUAGCGUCACAGAAGCUGUCUUUUUUUUUUUUUUUUAUGCAUAUAAACUGUAAAAAAAAAAAAUUAAAAAAUCUGGCAUCUUCGUUUGCCAGAACUUUAGCGUAAUAAACGGCAGAACCGUUUCCACUAUUACUGUAACAAAAUAUUAGUACUGUUAAUUUUAGGGUUAAGGUUAGAGUUUGAGUCCAUGUUUAAAGGUGCGGUCUCCGUUGUUUGAAAGCCAAUGUCGACAUUUGAAAUCACCAAAACAAACACGCCCCUAACCCAAACGGGUCCCACCCCU